GGGAGCUGGAAGCUGGAGAGAGAACGCAGGAGCCGCACGCGCAGGAGCCGCACGCGCAGGAGCAGGACGCUUCCCGGUGAAGCGGAUGGAUGAAAGCGAAUCUCCGGGACAUUCUCCUUCAUUAACACACCCUUAACACACUUCCGGUGAUGUGGAGCAUUUGGAUGAUCUUCACAGCUUCUUCUUCUUCUUCUUCUUCUUCUUCUUCUUCUGGGUUUUUCUUUUUUUUAUCUGAGGCUUAGUGUGUGUGUGUGUGUGUGCGUGCGUGCGUGUGUGAGAGAGUGUGUGUAUUUGUGAGUGUGUGUAUGUGUGUGUGUGUGUGUGUGUGUGUGUGUGUGAGUGUAUGUGUGUGUGUGAGUGUGAGUGUGAGUGAGUGAGUGUGUGUGUAAGGCGCUGCACACACCACUGUCCGCGGACAGGACAGAAUUAACACUUAUACUAAUAUUACUACUAAUAAUAAAUAAUAAUGAUGGAUAAUGAAAAGUAUUUACCGGAGCUGAUGGCAGAGAAAGACUCACUGGACCCGUCAUUUCAUCACUCCUCACGUCUCUUAGAGCAAGAGAUUGAAAAGGUUCAGAAAGGCGAGGAGAAAGAGGACGAGAAGUUCAUCGACGUCGUCAUAAACAAGAACAUGAAACUGGGUCAGAAAGUGCUGAUUCCCGUCAAACAGUUUCCCAAAUUUAAUUUUGUAGGAAAGCUACUUGGUCCACGAGGGAACUCACUAAAGAGACUACAGGAGGACACGCUGACCAAGAUGUCCAUCCUCGGCAAGGGCUCCAUGAGAGACAAAGAGAAGGAGGAGGAGUUGCGGAAGAGCGGCGAGGCUAAAUAUAAUCACCUGAACGAAGACCUUCACGUCCUCAUCGAGGUGUUUGCUCCGCCUGCUGAGGCCUACGCCCGCAUGGGCCACGCACUCGAAGAGAUCAAAAAAUUCCUCAUUCCGGACUAUAAUGAUGAAAUCAGACAAGCUCAGCUGCAGGAGUUGACGUUUUUGAACGGUGGCUCAGAGGAUGCCAAGGUCCCCGCAGUUAGAGGGAAAUCCAGCUCGAGGGCCCGUGGCACACCUGCACCCGGCUCACACAGGAGUAGAGGAGGUGUUCCUCCUCCCCACGCUGUGGUUCCUCGAGGGGCAGCACCCAGAGGAGCUCCACCAAGCCGCAUUCCAUCCAACAGGGGGAGAGCACAGAGAGGACGCGGAGCUCCGCCCCCAGUGGGAUACAGGCCGCCACCCCCUGUAGUGCAAGACUCGUACGGAGAAUACGAAUACGAUGACGGAUACGGAACAGCCUACGAUGACCAAGGGUACGACUCAUACGACAACACUUACAGUAACCAAGGACAAAACUCAGAGGAUUAUUAUGAAUAUGGACAUGGUCUAAGCGGCGAAUCCUAUGACUCAUACGGCCAGGAGAAGUGGACAAACGGCCGCAACAAGGCUCCGUCGGUGAGGACAAACAAAGGAGUGUACAGAGACCAGCCUUAUACACGAUACUGAACACUAAAGUCAGCCACGUCCACCCAUGCAUUUCCAAGUAAUGGAUUUUAUAUGGACUUCCCCGUUCCUUUUCAUUUUUUUCAGAAUAAAAUCAACCAAAACUACGAAAAAACAAAGCAUCCCAGAGAGGAAAAGGGGAAGACAGGAACGCGAUAUCGUGGGGACAUUCAGUUUGACACCGCUAGCUACCGGUUGUUGCAUGGACGAAAGAUCAUUAAACCUGUGAUCACUAAUUAUGUGUAAAAUACUCAACCAAUCAGAAUCCUUUCUAUGCCAGUAUUGAACAGUUAGGGGGUGGAUGCUAGUAGGUAGAAGGUGAUGUACACAUCAGGUGUUAAUUAAGUAUUUAGAUUUAGUCAGGUACAUUUCUAUAUAGACUUUUUGAUGAGUGAUCAACCUCAGUGUGUCCCUUGUAAAUUCUACUUAAAAACGAAAAAAAAAAAAAAAAUUGGUACACAUAACGUGUAACUUCUUUAUUUCCAAUCUUUUCUUUUCUUUUUUUUUUUUGUAAUGCGAUGUUCCUUAGCAUUAAAGGGCUUAUGGGAGCAUUUAGACAUUGUACAUAUUCAUUCUAUCCUGUUGAAGAAAGGUCACAUCGUUCUGUCUAAUAGUUCUGUUAAACGAUUGAACCUCUAAGCGGUCGGACUCAGAGUUGCCAACCAUUUGCAAAUAUAUGCAUAAACUCAUCGGCACGAGACGUCAACGUGAACUUAUCCGUAAUAAUUCUUUACCAAACUGCACAGCAAUAAGAAAACAGAGAAUUGAUAAUAGAACGUAUGCAAAACAAAGUCUCUGAACACUGAACCGAGGCUCUCUUCUUUAGGAAGAUACGUGAAGUGUCUAAUCCCCGCGGUUAGCGUAGUUUUCUUUCUUUUCUGAUAUCAUAACCUACAACAUAAUAGAAGAAAAUGUAGCUAAAUUUAUUAAACAAGCUAGAGGAUAGAAGUAGAUCACAGCUUCUUUCGAACAUUUGUUUAUUUUAUUUUAUUUAUUUUCUUCCAGAGUACAAAGUUCCCAAAGUCCGACCUACUGUACCUCAAAUUACAAAACGAACCAAAAUGUGUUAAAAUCAGAUCUGGUGGAAGGUCUAAAAUCAUGCAGAUUGGUUGGCAACUUGGCAACCUUAAUUCCAUUUCAACACAAUUAUACAUGUAAUUAUUUGAGAUUGUUUCCUUCUGAGGAAUCCACAGCUUGCAGAAGUAUUCCAGCACCAUCCAAUCUGCCACGCCAGUACAUCCAUCACCACCUUUCAGAUACAUACUGUAUACUCACACAUGCUUAUAGAGCCAGAAAGAGGCCAUAUGAGGUCUGUAAGUCUCUUCAUGACAGAUUUUAUCCACUCUACAUACGCUCAGUAGAGCUUAGGACGGAAUGAUGAGACCUCAUUCUUGUCCCUGCAGUGAAGCUUUGGUGUGUCACACUCUGUCCUGAUGAAAGGUGGCUGUUCAACCUAUCUUUCAACCCUGAAAGGUUAUUUAUGGAGAUCCCACUGAUAUCUGGUGUACCUGUUGAGUUUUAUAGUGAGCUCCAGUGAAUCAUAGAGUUUUACAUUCUCAUCCACAUUCAAAAUACCUAUUGGCUCGAAUGGUGAAGGCGCUUGCUUUGUCUUUUGUCAAAGCCAUCAUACAGUCUUGUCAGUUUGAUUUAACAACCUUCUCCUGCUUCUGAUGGUUCAGUCUUUUUGAUGAAGAUGGUAAACUGAUCAUGUCGGCCCACGACUUUCUGUCCUUAUGCUGCUUCCUGUUCAGGGUGGAUAUUUGAUUUUGACACUGCCCUUCCUAAUGCCACCUUCCUAUUUUAUCUAGGCUUGAGGACCAGCACAGGGUUAACCCACCACCGGUGCCUGAGUUGGUUCCCAGCCUAAGAAUAGAAUCUUAGAACCUGAUCACCAUCACUGCCUUUGUAACCCAUUUAUCUGUCAUUCGAUUCCUGUAUAAUGCCAACUGUUAUGAUUCACUGAUCUCUGAAGAAUUGGCUAAAUGCCCUUCUAUUACACCAAACACUCCUCAUCCAGCUCAGUCCCAUGCUUCAUGAACUUGGUAAGAUGUUACGUGGGAUCUUGUAAAGUUUGUUGCAGCAUCAAUGGUUUUAGACAAUUCCUCUGAAAGAGUCUAAAUACAAACAAAGCCAAUACUAUAGUUUCCAUAUGUAAGGCCACUCAUCUUUUUUGAAAGCCCUGGUAGAUCUUGGAAGAACUUAAAUAUUCCAGACUUUGAUUGCAUUUUGGAAGCCUGGCUUUAGCCUUAAGUUACAAACAAGACAUUUUCUUGGAACUAAGAUUUAUUAGGUGACAUACUAAUGUAAAGAGUGAAGCAAUGUUACCCCAGAAGUGGUAGAGACUGUGACGACUGCUUACUUAAUACACUUCCUGCAAUUGGUGGCUUUUUCAAAUUGGCAUAACAUUUGACUGCCAAGGGAUUUUUGGGGCUUAAGCAAUGCUUGUCUCUCUGCGUAGUACUGGAAGCUGGAAGUAGGGGAUCUUUCAAGUUGUCCUCUCACUUGCCUUAGUUUUUUUGGUUAGUGCUCCUGAUUGGUUCCAACUUGUUUCAACAUGACAAUGCCCCAUGUGCGCAAAGCCACUGAGCUCCAUGAAGGGUGUGGAGGUUAAGGUUGGAGUGAAGACCUCAUGCCCCUUUUUCACCAAAAAGAACAAGGUGCUGGUUCAGAGCUAGCGCUGGUGCUGGUUCAGAGUUGGUUCCACUGGUGAACCUUCUAAGCACCGGUUUGCCUUUCCAUCGGUUAGAGAGCAUCACAGAGCCGAGUGUGAUGUCACUGU